UAAUCAUUUUGGAAAAAAUAUAUAUAUUCAUAGCUAAGUAGAGGGAGAUGGAGUGAGCUAGUAGGGGUGGGAUUGUGGUGUUGCUCGAAGGGAGAUACGCGGGAGACGUAUCACGGAUUUAUUCCGCCAAGAUUUGUCCAACUAUUGUUUUGUCAAAACCGAUACUUAAGGUACUAGCAAGGAAAACAACUGCUGAUGAGGAAAGCUUAGACGUGGAGGCCGUGCCGAAAGAGUUCUUAUUUAAUAUUUAUUGACGAUUAAAGCAUCGAACUUAAUUUACAAUGUUUUUGGGCUUGAAGCCAAGGUUGUAUUAACUGUGGAUGUUUUUACUUUAAGCUUACGCGAAAAAUGUUUUUUUUAUUUUCUUUGGUUAUCAAAAGAGAAUCUAUUUCGAAAAAAAAAUUAGUUUACAAAGUAGCCCGGUUUUACUAACACUCUGGUCUAGAUGACUCGGGUCAUCUAGGGUGGGGUGUUACAGGUAGAAGGUCCGUGGAUAUGGGCGCCGUGAACCAAAGUUCGAGUAGAGGCAAAGCAAAAGCCACCUCCGACGGUUCGACCUCACGCGUUUCUCGAGGAAGACACUCCGUCUCUUCCUUUCCUGCUAUCCCCGAUCACUUAAUCGGGGACGCUAUGACGGAUGAAGAAUUCGACCAGAUUUAUUCUGGAGAGGGGAAGGAAAUCUCCCCACUCUUGAUAGUGUAUUCGAAGAUGUUGAUGAAGCACAUCUGGAUAAUCUGGACGGGGACGAGGAGCCUACACCGCAGAGCAACGACGUCGGCGUGGAGGCAGGUGAGCCUGCGACCUCUCGAGGUCUGGAAAAAGGGUGUGCCAUGCGAUUACGACGACGACGACGUGGAUUUUGAUGUGCUCGGAUGGUGGAAGCGGAACGAACACAUGUUCCCAUGUCUCGGCAUGCUAGCAAGACAAGUGUUAUCCGUUCCGGUAUCAACCGUAGCAGUUGAACGAGAAUUCAGUGCUAGCGGCAACAUUCUAACCGACUUUCGAAGUUGUCUUAGCGCUGAAUCUCUUGAAACACUAGUUUGCAACCAAGAUUGGCUCUUGGCAAGACGUCGAGCUCAAGAGUCAUCGUACCUACUCGAAUCGGAGCAUUACAUGAAUGCAACAACAGAUGGAAGUCCGAGUUCUGAAGAAUAAGUUACAAUUUUUUUAUGUUAAUGUAGAUAUGUAAAUGUAAUUAGUUUUUUUAGGUGAGCGAUAUAUAAGCUCCUUCAAGGGUUUCUUUACGGUUCUUUACCUCGUCGCUUUUUUUGAACCGUCAGGAUAUUAAAUGUGGUUGUUCUUC